GUUAUGAGAGACACUUUAGGGACAGCAGUAUUCAGUGUGUGUCCCUACAGAGCAGUGUACAGUCUUUCAGAGCAGAGGUCCGUGUAAAACUCGGUGAUGCGGUGUAUUUCUCUCUGUGUGUGUGUGUGUGUGUGUGGGGGGGCACAGUAAAUGAGCUGAGCUGUGUGGGAGUAGAUUAUAGUCGGGUGUAGGAGCUGACUCAGGUGUUCUCCAUGGCCAGUCCCGUCUCGGACACUCCUCUCUGUCGGCGCAACAGCAAACUGGAGACGUUUCUGAAGAGAACUGCUCAGCGGGACGUGUACGAGCGGGUCCGGUACUACGAGGCGUGUGUAGUCGUGUCAGAGGAACUCGACAAGGUGUUCAUGCACGCUGUGCUCACCGACGACUCCAUUUACCUGACCGAGUUUCACCCACGCACACUCCACAGGGCUCUCCACUUCAGUGUGAUUGUGCACAUCGAGCUGAUCAAUGAUCUACCAGACUUCCUUAGUGGCAAAGACCAAGAGCAGUCACUUCAUAUACGUGUUGUGCAUACACAUGCAAAGGAUGUUGGGAAACAUGGCUCAAGAAACAAUGGGUCUGCCCUGACCAAGCCUCAGUUUGUUGCCACACCCUGUCAACAAGACAACUAUGAACACAGCUGCUCUCUGGAGGGAAUCAGCAGGGUUCAGCAGGAUGCUGACGGGAGUAGGUCUCCAUCUUGGAAUAGAGACGGCAGAGAUGGAUGCAAGGGCAAAAGAAAGAGUAAGAGCUCUGUUCUGGCCAGAAUGAAAAAAGGAGUAGCUGGGGAAAAAGAGAAAAAAAUAGAGGAAGAAGAGAAGAAAGAGGCUGAGCUUCAUCUGUAUGCUGUGAUGCUCACAUCACAAAUAUAUGUUCACCUGCAAAGAUCCUGGAACAGUUAUAUCAUGAGAUCCACACUGAUGCUGAGGACAUGCACCGUGUCGUCCUCCCCCUCGUCCAAGAAACACCAACACAAAAUCAGCUGGGAGCGGACGUGCCACCUGUUCAGUCAGCUGAGUGGGGAGCUGUUACAGGACGAGCUCAGCUUGGAGAGUUUGUACCUGCUGCUUCAGGAGCUCUGUACCGCUGCACAUCACAACCCCGCCGUCAAAACACUCUUCUGGAGGUCACCUGAGCUCUAUCCAUUCCUGGUGAAGACGCUGGCUAAAAGCUUGCAGCUCUCUCAGGACAGAUUACAUACUGCUGACAGACUACUGCUUUCCAUGUUAGUGGUUCAGACCAUGAGCCUGAUGUUUGGUGAGACGGAGAAAGGACCUGCUCGAUUUAAGAUACUAACAUCCAUGCAGGGAAGCGUGACAGCAGCCUUGCUCUUGGCUUUAGUGUGUGAUCCAGAGCUAAAGUCUCAUAAUUGCAAUUCUCCAUCUCACACAGAGCUACAUGUCUUACAAGCGGAGUAUCUGGAUGCAGCAUCUGUUCUGCUUUUUGAGGUGGUGAUGUUCUGCCAGAAAACGAGUCGCAUCCCGAAUGUAGGACACUUUCUGAGUGUGGCCUGGGUUUUUCAAACACUUAAAGCCCAUCCUUUCUUUCUCCUGUUUAUGGGUUAUCAGGCCCAGCGUGUGGUUCUGGCACUGUCAUUUUUGUCUGAGUCUCCCUUGAGCCCAUUCCAGGCUGUCCUCCUGUACCAGCGGUGCUACCUGCUCCUGACCUGCAUGCAGCACAACACCUGUGUGAACUCCUACAUUAUAACAGAACUCAAAGAAGAGUUCAGGUAUUAUGUGAGAAAAUCUGGGCUAGAGGACAAGCUUCCCUCUCACUAUCCCAUUAGUAGGCCAGCACAGCAUCUCCUCUCCCAGCUGCUCAGCCUGGUGCUCGACAAGCCCUGAACUAUGAACCUUUGUUAAUCAUGAGGACUGUUUACAGACAUCUGUCUCACAAACACAUUUGUACAGAUAUCCUGUAAGCCCUGAAUAAAUUGGUGUUUUUUUAUUUAUUUAUUUAUUUAUUAACUGAUGACCAUGGAUCCAUAACUGGUGCAUUAUGUGCUUUGCCAAUUGUGGGGAAUAAGUAGUAGGGCAGAGUAAUUUAAGGUCUGUCAUACUGUGUGAAGAAAGCUAGAAUAACACUUUUUUCACAAGGAUACUCUUACCAGGAUAAGCGUUGUCGAUAAGAGUGAAGAGCUUUUGUUGUCAAACUGCAACAGCAACAUCAACACAAUUAAACAUAGUCUGUGUUCAUACAGGAUGUGUUUUAGGCCUACGUUGUGUAUAUAAAGGAAAUAUUUACUUCUAAUUGUUUGCUUCUGUGACUCCAAGAUCAUUUGCUAAAGUUUAUAUUCAUUCAGGUAUUCUGUUUCGUAUUGUGCAUGGCCUGUUCUAUCUAGGCUCUUUCUAAAGAUGCUGUAUUUUUCAAUUCAGUUAAAUUUUCACAAAGCAGGUUUACAGAAAUGUAUACAUUCCGAAUUUAAAUUUGACAUUUAUGAAUUUAUCCCUAAUGGGCAGCCAGAGGCGACUAUGGCAAGGAAAAUCUCCCUCAGACGACAUGAGGAAGAAACCUUGAGAGGAACCAGACUCAAAGGGGAACCCUUCCUCAUCUGGGUGACACCGGAUAGUGCAAUUAUAAAUAAAUCCCUUCUAUAACUGUGUACUACAUGGUCAGAAAGUGUAAUUGUGUAAUUGUUCACUGAUGGAGACUUGUGUGCAUUUCAGUCAUAAAGCUAUCAUAGCAAUUGCAGUCCUAAGCCAUGGUAACAAAACUGUUCAUAUCAAUUGCAGUCCAAAGCCAUCUUCAUGGUUUUUAAGUGGUACCAUCCACAGUAAUCUCACUGAUCUUUAGGUUGUCCAUAUAGUGCCAUCGUCAGUAGCAGUGAAUGGUUUCCGAGUGAUAAGAACUCCAACAAGAAGUAGUUUUUCAUUUCUUGCGUUUGAGAGCAAACUAGUGAUACCUUACUGAAGUUACUGAAGCUGAUCUUCAAGUUUGCA